GAGAAAAUCCUCAAGCUAUUUAUUUCAACUGGUAACGAGGAAAUCAUUCUUUUUGUGGAGUCGCUCAAUAUUAAGCAGAUACUAAUCCCCAUCCUUCCUACCAGGUGCUCCGAAAGAUUCUAGGAGAAACAACCAACUGUAAAGCUUCAAAUUUCAAAAAUGUUCUUCGAGAUCGAGGACAAUGAGGUCGACAUUGUUAUUGCUGCCCUUCGGCCAGAUCUCACCGCAUUUUUUAAUGGAUGGCGAACCAUCUUUUCUAGAUUUCAUCUCAUAAUCAUCAAAGACCCAGACUUGGAAGCCGACCUUCAGAUUCCUCCCGGCUUUGAUCACCAUUUGUACACCAAAUCCGACAUCGAGAGAGUCAUCGGCUCCAGUCCCAUCAAAUUUUCAGGCCAUUCAUGCCGCUAUUUUGGUUAUCUUGUUUCGACCAAGAAAUACAUCAUAUCGAUUGAUGAUGAUUGCCUUCCACUGCAAGAUGAUAGCGGCAAUCUGACUGAUGCGGUAGCGCAGCACCUGACGAACCUCGGGACACCAGCCACACCAUCCUUCUUCAACACGCUUUACGAUCCGUUCCGACAGGGCGCCGACUUCGUCCGCGGAUACCCAUUCAGCCUGCGAAACGGCGUCCAGUGCGUGUUAUCCUCUGGUCUUUGGCUUAAUAUUGCCGACUAUGAUGCCCCAACUCGAGCUGUAAAGCCUCAUGAGAAGAACACGAGAUAUGUCGAUGCGGUGAUUACGGUGCCUUCACGAGCAUUGAUGCCAGUGAGCGGGAUCAACAUUGGAUUCGACCGGCGGGUGUUAGGGCCUGUGUUGGUGCCGGCGUUGCGGCUGAAAGGGGUGGGGAAGCAGAGGUGGGAAACAAUGGAGGACAUAUGGUGUGGGAUGUGUGCCAAGGUGGUCUGUGAUCAUCUGGGACUUGGGGUGAAGACUGGGCUCCCUUAUGUGUGGAGGAAUGGUUCUGGUAAUGCUUGGGAAUCACUGAAGAGGGAGUGGGAAGGGGUGAAGCUGAUGGAGGAGAUUGUGCCGUUCUUUCAGUCUGUGAAGCUGCCGAGAACGUUGACGGCUGCGGAGGAUUGUGUUGUUCAAAUAGCUGGUUUGGUGAGGGAACAACUGGGACCUGUUGAUCCUGUGUUUGGGCUUGCGGCAGAUGCCAUGGAGGAAUGGAUUAAGCUUUGGAAGACCUUUGAGUUUGAGAGAAGAUGAAGCGUGGGAAGAGGCUGUCAUGGACAGCAGAAAUGAAGCUUGAUUUUUCUGAUUUAUGUGGGAGUGAUGAAACCUUUUUUUAUAUUUGGAAAUUGAUUUGAGGAUAUUUUCUUUGGACUGUUAUAACUUUAUGUUCAAAUUUUAUUAAAUGAUAGAUAACUUUGAUCCUCCCAUCA